AUGGGGUGCUGUCCGCGCUUCCGACUGGGCGUGUGGAUGACCUUUUUCCUGAAUUUCUUCGCCUCUUUUGCUUACCACGUCAUGGCAGUUCUGUUGGUGCUAUAUGCCACCGACGAGUUCGGCUUCAGCGACAAGGAAGCAGGAACCUUGUACGGCUGGUGGGGCAUCCUGUCCUCCUUGUGGACGGGCCUUGGCGGGAUGUUCGCAAUUGAUGCGGUCGGCUCGAAGAGGAUGGCAGUCUUUGCCACGGUGGCCAUGUUCGUGACCCGUGCAAUGCUGGUGCUGGCAGAAAGCGCGGACACCUUCCAGUUGGCUCUACUCGUCUUUUCGCCGGUAGCGGAGGGCCUGCUGCUCCCGGUUUUUUUGGUGGCCCUGAAGCGGCUCACCACUGAGGAGGAACGGCCAAUGGCCUUCAGCCUCAACUAUGCCAUGCACAACGCAG